AUGAACGAUCCCAGUCGUUGGGCCAUCGCCCUGGACCUCUUCGCCCAGCUCCACCGCUGGCGUCGGCGCCCGGACGCGGUCAGCUGCACCGCCGUCAUGGCGUCGGAGCUCUGGCAGCGAGCUUGGCGGCUUUUUCACACGGCCGGGGGCACCGUCCGGAUGGAUGUGAUCAGCUGCAGCGCCGCGAUGAGCUGCUGCGGGUGUUGGCGCCUCUCCAUCGAGAUGUUUCAUCGCAUGUCCGGAGAACUGCUGGAACCCAACGUGAUCAGCACCAACGCGCUGAUCACGUCCUGUGAGAAAGGUCUCCAAUGGCCUUUGGCCCUCGAAGCCUUCCACGAGCUCCCUGCGCUGCCUGGGCCGGACGUGGUGACGUUUGGGGCCCUGCUGAGUUCCUUCGAGAAGGCCACGCAGUGGCUCCUGGCGCUGGAGGCCUUUGAUCUGUUGCUUGGCGAAGGGCCUGAACCUAACCUGGUGAGCUACAAUUCCUUGAUCGCCACCUGUGACAAGAGCUCGCAGUGGCCAUUGGUGUUGCACCUUUUGGAAGAGAUGAGGAACCAGAGCAUUUUGCCCGACCUCAUCAGCUACAAUGCUGCUAUCAGCUCUUGUCAAGAUGGCAAUCAAUGGCAGCUGGCUGUGCAUCUCUUUGAUAGUCUUCGGCGGCGGCGGAACACUCCGAGCGUCGUCACCUUCGGCUCCGUGAUCAGCGCGUCCGGGAGUGACUGGACACUGGCGCUGCAUUUCUUCCAGCAGAUGGAGGAUUUGCUGCUUCAGCCGAACCUGUUGACCUGCAAUGCCUUGAUCAGUUGCUGCGAGAAGUCGGCACGGUGGCAGAUGGCGCUCCAAGUGUUCCAACAGAUGAAUUUGCAGCAGAUGGAGCUGGAUUUGGUGAGCUACAACGCCUUAAUCAGCUCAUGCGAGAAGGGUCGGCAGUGGCAGCUGGCUUUACAUUUCUUCGAGAUGAUUCGAGAUCACUUGGAGCCCAACGUCAUCAGCUCCAAUGCACUCCUGAGCUCCUGUGAGAAGUCUUUGGAGUGGCAAAAGGCCAUUGGCUUCCUCAUGAUGAUGCACGAAGAGCUCAUCCCGGGCAACAUCAUCAGUUACAAUGCCGCUGUCAGUAGCUGCGAUCGCGUGAGCCGAUGGCCAAUGGCUGGACAAUUGCUGAGGGUCAUGGCCACGCGCGAGGUGGAUGCGGAUGUCAUCAGCUUCAACUCAGCUCUGAGCUCGGUGCGUCGGGCGUGCCGCUGA